AUGUCAUUAAGCCGAUUAACGCACACCGCAACCUUAUUAUCAUCAGGAAAGGUAUUAGUAACAGGUGGUCUUGAAUCGAUUUCCCGGGUUGUGUCUAGCUGUGAACUCUACGAUUCAACAUCGAAUAGGUGGAGUACAGCACGUAACAUGUCAUCACCCCGCGCUUCGCACACUGCUACUUUAUUACCAUCUGGAAAAGUAUUAGUAACAGGUGGUUAUGGGAAAUUUAAUCACUGUGUGUCCACUUGCGAACUCUACGAUCCAACAUCGAAUAAGUGGUUUCCAGCAAGUAACAUGUCAUUGCCCCGAACAGCGCACACCGCUACAUUAUUAUCAACUGAAAAAGUAUUAGUAACAGGUGGCUAUAUUCCGGGUUUCCAGGGUGUGUCUAGCUGCGAACUCUACGAUCCAACCUCGAAUAAGUGGACUCCAGCCGGUAACAUGUCCUUUAGCCGAAAAUUCCACACUGCAACCUUAUUAUCGUCUGGAAAGGUAUUAGUAACAGGUGGUUAUGAGGUGGAGAUCUGGCAGAUGUCUAGUUGCGAACUCUAUGAUCCAACAUCGAAUAAGUGGAGUGGAGUCGGUGAUAUGUCAUUAUCCCGCGCUUCGCAUAGUGCUACUUUAUUACCAUCUGGAAAAGUAUUAGUAACAGGUGGUGAUACGUCAUCUCGUGCAAUGACUAGCGACCUCUACGAUCCAAGGUCGAAUAAGUGGAGUAUCGCCGGUAACAUGUCAUCAGCCCGAGUAUCGCACACUGCUACUUUAUUAUCAUCUGGAAAAGUAUUAGUAGCUGGUGGCUAUAACUGGAAUUCUAUAGGAUCGGGCUUGUCUACCUGCGAUGUCUACGAUCCAACAUCGACCAGGUGGAGUAGAGUCGGUAACAUGUCAUUAACCCGCUCUUCGCACACUGCUACUUUAUUAUCAUCUGGAAAAGUAUUAGUAACAGGUGGUAAUUAUAAUGCUGAUAGUUCUGAUUCUAUUGCUGAAUUGUAUAAUGAGUGA